AUGAAACAUCUGACAGGACCCUUGCUGUCUUUCUUGCUGUUGUGGACUUGUUUCAUCAUCCAAUCCUUCAUUGUACACGCAGACAUUCCAGUGAGUUGUGAAUUUCCUGAAGUGUACGGAGAAUGGACGUUUCAAAAAACUGAAACUCUUUACAACAACAAGGUCAUUGAUUCCAAAUGUUCCAUCGAUCAACCUUCUCUUCCUUCCCAUGUGAAAUUAGAGACUUUUAUUGUGGAUUUACGAGUGCCAGAUGUUGCUCUAUUAAAAUCAAAAAAUGGAAAAUUAAAGAAGAAAGGAAGAUGGACACUCAUUUUCAAUCAGGGAGUGGAAAUUCGUUUGGAUGGAUACAAAUAUUUUGCAUUCUUUAAUUAUACACAAGAUGAGAAGGGUGAAGUGACUUCGAAUUGUGAUCGUGUGUUUGUGGGAACGUAUCAUGAUGAUUCGAUUGGCGCUCAACGAUGGGGAUGUUUUACAGCUGAAAGGACAAGGGCUCCAACAAGAGCCAGACAGUUCAUGAAACAACAGAAAUUGAGAGAUGCGAUGAAAAAGUCUUCAACUUCAAGUGAUUCAAUUCUGGAAGGACAAUAUGUGAGAACAAUUCCAGAGCAAGCCUCUUCUCAAUAUCAAGAUAUGAAACAAUACGUGCAAGCAAUCAACAAGCUCAACAAAUGGCAAGCUGCCUUCAGUCAUAGAUUUCAAGGUAAAUCCUGGUCUGAUUUACAACUGUUAAACGGAAACAGAGUGAGACGUUCUUCACAACUUUCUCGUUCUUUCAUUCAACAAGAAAUGCUCACUUCCAAAAAAAGAAAUUCACAACCUUUCGAAAAGAUUCGAAUUUACAAUGGAAAAACGGAUCAAUACGAAAUGGUGAAUGAAGAAGAAUUGAGAAAAACCCUUCCUCAAGAGUUUUCUUGGGAUAAUUUCCAUGGAAGAUCGUAUUUGACACCUGUUCGUGAUCAAAAGCGUUGUGGAAGUUGUUAUGCCUUUGGAACGAGUGAACAUUUAGGAAUGAGAGUUCGAAUUCAAACAAAUUUGACGCAGCAGUGGAUUUAUAGUCCUCAAGCGAUUGUGGAUUGUUCUCCAUAUUCUCAAGGUUGUCGUGGAGGUUGUGUCUAUUUAGCAUCCAAAUACGCUCAAGAUUAUGGUUUGGCUCUCGAAGAAUGCUCUCCCUAUAACAUUACCAUGAGAAGUGCACAAACAUGUAAUAUUACUCAAUGUCCUCUGUCGAAACAACGUCGAGCAUUAAGAACUUGGAACUAUUACAAUGUAGGAGGAUACUAUGGAGGUUCUGACGAAUUAAACAUGAUGGUCGAUAUUUGGAGAAAUGGACCACUCGUUGCUGGAUUUAUGGUACACGAAGAUUUCUUUUAUUACAAGAGUGGUAUUUAUCAACACAUUCCAAAAGAACAAAUUGCCGCUCAAUGGUCCAACGCCUCAAAAGAUUUACCAAAAUUCUAUUACAUUAACCAUACCUUAAUUUUGUAUGGAUGGGGUAUUGAUGCAACGACUGGACAACAGUAUUGGCUUGCCAGAAAUUCAUGGGGUGACCAGUGGGGCGAAAAUGGAAAUGUUCGAAUUUUGAAAGGAGUGAACGAAUGUGGCAUUGAAAGCGAUGCAGAAGCUGCCAUUCCUUUGAUUUUGUAA